AUGGUUCCAAACUGCAACCCCCAGGACAGUCCAGAACCCCCUAUCCCAACAAGCCAGUCCAGAACCCCCUAUCCCAACAAGCCAGUCCAGAACCCCCUAUCCCGACAGGCCAGUCCAGAACCCCCUAUCCCGACAGGCCAGUCCAGAACCCCCUAUCCCGACAGGCCAGUCCAGAACCCCCUAUCCCGACAAGCCAGUCCAGAGCCCCCUAUCCCGACAAGCCAGUCCAGAACCCCCUAUCCCGACAGGCCAGUCCAGAACCCCCUAUCCCGACAGGCCAGUCCAGAACCCCCUAUCCCGACAGGCCAGUCCAGAACCCCCUAUCCCGACAAGCCAGUCCAGAACCCCCUAUCCCGACAAGCCAGUCCAGAACCCCCUAUCCCGACAAGCCAGUCCAGAGCCCCCUAUCCCGACAAGCCAGUCCAGAACCCCCUAUCCCGACAAGCCAGUCCAGAACCCCCUAUCCCGACACGACAGUCCAGAACCCCCUAUCCCGACACGACAGUCCAGAACCCCCUAUCCCGACAGGCCAGUCCAGAACCCCCUAUCCCGACAGGCCAGUCCAGAACCCCCUAUCCCGACAGGCCAGUCCAGAACCCCCUAUCCCGACAGGCCAGUCCAGAACUCCCUAUCCCGACAGGCCAGUCCAGAACUCCCUAUCCCGACAGGCCAGUCCAGAACCCCCUAUCCCGACACGACAGUCCAGAACCCCCUAUCCCGACAGGACAGUCCAGAACCCCCUAUCCCGACAGGACAGUCCAGAACCCCCUAUCCCGACAGUCCAGAACCCCCUAUCCCGACAGUCCAGAACCCCCUAUCCCGACAGUCCAGAACCCCCUAUCACGACAGUCCAGAACCCCCUAUCACGACAGUCCAGAACCCCCUACCACGACAGUCCAGAACCCCCUAUCCCGACAGUCCAGAACCCCCUAUCCCGACAGGACAGUCCAGAACCCCCUAUCCCGACAGGACAGUCCAGACUACAACACACCCGAGGAGAGGGAUAGAAAGAGACGAAGACAACAAAGAGGAGAGGGAUAG